GUGCGCAUGCGCAGCGGCAGUCUCCUUCAUCGUGUCCUGUUAGCAUCGCCUAGCUCAGCUAACUGUCAAUCCUCUCAGCAGCAUCACGCCAGGGACGCUGCAGGCUCUGCGGACUACUGUCGCCUCUGCUGCACUGAAAAAAUGGCUGUCCCCCCUUCGUACGCAGACCUCGGCAAGGCCGCCAAGGACAUCUUCAGUAAAGGCUACGGCUUUGGCGUCGUGAAGCUUGACCUGAAAACCAAAUCUCAAAGUGGAGUGGAGUUUAACACAACAGGCUCCAGCAACAUCGACACGGGAAAGGCUUCUGGUAACCUGGAGACCAAGUACAAGAUGAAGGAGCUCGGCCUGAGCGUCAGCCAGAAGUGGAACACGGACAACACGCUGGCCACGGAGGUCACUGUGGAGGACCAGCUCGCUCAGGGACUGAAGGUCGGCUUGGAUACGUCAUUCGUACCAAACACCGGCAAGAAGAGUGGUAAGCUGAAGACAGGCUACAAGCGCGACUUUGUGAACCUUGGCUGUGACGUGGACUUCGAGGGGCCCAUCGUCCACGCCGCUGCUGUGCUGGGGUACGAAGGCUGGCUGGCGGGCUACCAGAUGGCCUUCGAUAUGGCCAAAUCUAAACUAUCUCAGAACAACUUUGCCCUCGGCUACAAGACCGGCGACUUCCAGCUGCACACCAACGUAAACGAUGGGACCGAGUUUGGCGGCUCUAUCUACCAGAAGGUAAACGAGGGGCUGGAGACGGCCGUGACUCUGGCCUGGACCGCCGGCAGCAACAACACCCGCUUCGGCAUCGCAGCCAAAUACAAGCUGGACAAAGAUGCCUCUCUGUCUGCCAAAGUAAACAAUGCUAGUCUGAUUGGGAUCGGCUACACCCAGAGCCUCCGGCCAGGGGUUAAGGUCACCCUCUCAGCCCUCAUCGACGGGAAGAACUUCCAAGCAGGCGGGCAUAAAGUGGGCAUGGGCUUCGAGCUGGAGGCGUAAUAAUGGCUGCUCUCCAGAACCUGACAGCUCCACCUCCACCUUUCAUGUGGCUCCUCUCUGGACUCUCCUCACACGCCCUCCCCCUCCUCCCCCCAGUCCGCACUCCUAAUGAGCAUUUCUGGCACCGAACGUCGAGUCUGGAGCUGAGAGAUCGACCCUGAAAGUGGCGGUGCGUGGUCGUGAAGAAAUUUCUGACGUUCCGGGCGAAGUCACACUAUUUAUUUCCUUGUAGGUCUCGGAUGACAUAGAUGUUGUUGUUAAAGAGUGUAGCUCAUUACAGCAGUCGUACCUAAAAGCAUGUGAGAAUAAAACACGGAUGCAGAGGCUAACGUUCAUUGCUUGGUUUAAAAAGGUGCAGUGUGUCUGCUUUUCUGUUUGUUUUCAUUUUUUAUUCCUUUUUCUCAGUUUAAAUUUAAACGUGUCUGCAAACUCAGUUAUUCCCUGAAACUUCAGCCUCAACCAAGAAAUAAACACAAAGAUAAAAAAUAGAUCAGUUAUCUAAAGUGGGAAUACUGUUGGAAUGUAGAGAAAAAGACUAAAGUUAAUUAGGAUUUGUAGCCCCUUGGUAGGUCACUAAAUAAAUCCAGAUACAGUAAAUAAAACCAAUGACAUAUCUGAAGAUUAUUGUUGAUUUUUAAAGGAGUGAAUGUUGCUCUUAAUAAUUCAAUCCACACAUUUUUUUUUCAAAAUAAAAUAAAUAGAAUCUUGGUAAUUAGUUUGAUGCUUUUCAUUUUCUUUUAUACAUGUUUCAUGCUUUGGGAUUUUAAUGUUUUUUUUCUCACACACAUUAGCUGACUGCUGUUUUGACUAAACAGCAGAACAGGAAGGACGGCGAGUCCAGACGCCAUCUUGUUGCUCCUCGUUCUGACAGGUGAAAUCAAUGUGGUUGAAGUUACUGACAUUUCUACCACAUGGUUCUCAUCUGUCUCCGCCGAGCUGCUACGAAGACGGCGACCAUAUUCUGCGUCUUAGUUGCUCUUGGUGUGCCGAGUUGACGGCCAUCUUUCUUCUCAUAAAACUCCAAUUAUGUGUUGCGUCUCAAGCAGUCCAUGUUUCUCGCACCAGUGCAGCCGCUUGUCCCAGUGAUUCCUCGACACGGUGUUGUGAUCCCCGGCAGCGUUGUCUCUACAUCCACUUCAGUCCUCUAAAUGUCUUUUAUUUUAUCCUCAGAUUGUCAUUAUUUAGACACAGUAGCUAUUUUUUUCCAUUGUAAAUUAAAACGUUCUAAUAAAAAAAGGAAAAUGU